CACUUUUUUUCAUUGUCAACAUGGCUCCCAGAGGUAUGAUCACCAUGACGGCGCUUCUCCUCUGCUUCAUACUGGGCAUACUUAGUCCAGCUCCAGCUGCAUGUGCCCGUUCGAGCACAGCCUGCUGUACAAGCCACAGCAGGAGGCCAGUGCCCUUCAACCGUAUAAAGGGAUACAGAGAACAAUCUCUCAAGGAAAACUGCCGCAUUGAGGCAAUCAUCUUCUACACUGUUGCAAACAAGCAGGUGUGUGCCACUCGCAAAGAUGAGUGGGUGAGGAAAACUCUGGAGUUACUCAGUUCGAAACUGAAGAAGCUGUCCAAGUCUGGAUCGGAUGGAAAUAAAACUGAAGCGAGGAAAACUGGAAACCCUUCAGUUCGUGAUGGAAGUGGAUCUGACUCCGCCGCUGCAACAGAGGCUUUCACGUUUUAUUAGCACAAAGCUGGUUGUUGCCUUAGACAGCUGGAAGUAAUGCCCACUGCACCUAUACCUUUGCUUGAAAGAAAAGGUUAUGUAAUCAAGUUAUGCUGAGGAUAUAUAUUUUAAAAACUGAGAAAAUGUGUAAUACCUUUGCUUUUACUUUAUGCUUUUUACUUCUGCAGCCACAGACUUAAUAUAAUACUCCACUAUCAAGAAGAACGGAGUUAAGACAAACGAUGAUUUUUCACUCAGUUUCCAAUAAAGCUUUACAUUGA